AUGGGAAAAGUUCACGGCAGUCUUGCCCGCGCUGGCAAGGUCAAGUCCCAGACCCCGAAAGUCGAGCCCCAGGAGAAGAGCAAGAAGCCCAAGGGCCGCGCAUACAAGCGUCUCCAAUACACACGGCGGUUCGUUAAUGUUACCAUGACUGGUGGCAAGCGGAAGAUGAACCCGAACCCGACUGCAUGA